AUGGCGGAGCCGUCGUCGCCGGCCGCCUCCUCCCCGCCGGCCCCGACCGACGCGGAGAGGGAGGACGCCCUGGACCGGAUGCUCACGCGGCUGGCCCUCGCCGAGGACGCCCGCCUCGCGCCGCUGCUCGCCCGCGUGCUCCCCUACGCCAUCACCUCCUUCGCCUCCCCCGCCGCCUCCGUCCGCAAGCUCGUCAUGGAGAUUCUCAGCCACAUUAACAAACGGGUGAAGCACAGGCCCGAGAUUCCGUUGCCCAUGCUGGAAUUAUGGAAGAUCUAUACUGAAUCUGCUUCAUUGUCAAUUGUUCGGAACUUUUGCAUCGUUUAUAUUGAGAUGGCGUUUGAACGCCUGCCAAGCGAGGAGAAGGGAAACAUUGCACCUGAUCUCUUAAUCAAUAUAUCUAAUGUUCCAGCUCAGCAUCAAGGAAUUAUCUUGAGACUUGUAUCAAAGGCUAUUGGUGAAUGCAACGCACGUAAGGUGGAUGAUACAAUUGCAUCAAAAUAUCGAUCCAUAAGUGGAUCUGAUGAUGGCUUAGUUUUUGCUGACUUCGGCUUUCACACAAUAUUGUAUCAGACGCCAUCUCAAGGUAUUGGAUGCCCAGCAGGACUUUCACUUGCCCAAGCAGACCGUGUUACUGGAAAGCUACCACUGAAAGGUGACACACUUACAUCAAGAAAGCUAGGUAUCUUGAAUGUCCUUGAAGCUAUGCAGCUGGCAUCUGAGAUUGUGUACCCUAUUUAUUUAGCUGGUGCGUCAGACAGUCAAGAGUCAGUUACUAAGAGAGGAGACGAGUUGUUAAAGCGCAAAGCUUCAACUGCGAACUUAGAAGAUCCCAAGCUUAUCAAGAAAUUGUUUACACUAUUCAAUGGUACCGCGAGUGCAGAAAAUAUAGCUGCAGAACUGAAAGUCGCCCCAGCAUCUAGUUCAUUGCGUGUUCGCCUAAUGAGUGUUUUCUGCCGAUCUAUUGCUGCAGCAAACGCAUUUCCAUACACACUUCAAUGCAUCUUUGGCUGCAUAUAUGGAAGUGGAACUACUUCAAGAUUGAAACAGUUAGGAAUGGAGUUCACUGUCUGGGUUUUUAAACAUGCAGUAAUGGACCAACUAAAGUUAAUUGGUCCAGUUAUCCUCAGUGGAAUAUUACGGUCCCUUGAUGGUUCAUCUACUACAGAAGCAGAUUCCACCGGUAGAGAUGUCAAAAUAUUCGCGUACCAGGCCAUUGGUUUACUCGCCUCUCGUAUGCCUAAUUUAUUCAGCAACAAAACUGAGAUGGCUGUACGACUCUUUACUGCAUUGAGGCUGGAGGAUCAAUCGCUUCGUCUGACAAUUCAGGAGGCGGCCACUUCCCUUGCUACAGCAUAUAAGGGUGCUUCAAAGAUAGUACUGAAGGAUCUCGAGGUGCUUCUUCUAGAAAAUUCUCAAGUGGAGCAAAUUGAGGUCCGAUUUUCUGCUGUAAGAUGGGCAACAACGUUAUACGACAUGCGACACUGCCCAAGCCGGUACAUUUGCAUGCUUGGAGCUUCAGAUGUAAAACUGGAUAUAAGGGAAAUGGCUCUAACUGGUCUAAAUCUGUUAAAUGAUGAGAGCCAGUCAUCUACAAUAGCCAUUGAUUUCAACUAUCCAGAUAUUAUGGAGAUUCUAGAUUAUAUCUACAGCCAGGAGCCUCAGCUGUUGCAUUCUAAUGACCAUAGGCAGGGAAAAUUGCUUUUCCCACCAAAAACAUUUCUUGCAAUGAUCAAGUUUUUGAUGAAGUGCUUUGAGGCAAGUGGCAGUCCAGAUCUUUCGCAAGAAGAUCCAUCUCAUUCACCAGUAGCAAAAAUGUGUGUGGUUUUAGAACAUGCCAUGUCAUACGAAGGAUCUAGUGAACUGCACGCAUUGGCAUUGAAGUCAUUGGUUGAUAUAUCCUCCCGUCAGCCAAAGUUGGUAUCAUCACGGUAUGCCAACCGUUUACAUUGGUUAAGGACUUUACUAAGUCAUGUUGAUUCUGAUGCUCGUGAAGCUGCCGCCCGUCUGCUUGGAAUUGCUUCUUCAGCACUUUCAAGCUCGGCUGCAUUGAAUCUUCUGUCCGAACUCACUUCAAUACUUGAUCCAAAUCAUCCGCCAAGAUUUGAGAUUUACCAUGGAUCGUUAUGUGCAAUUGGGUAUGUAACUGCCUGCUGUUUGAAGGAAUCUUAUAUACAUGAAGAAUUGGUUGAAAAGGUAGUUGAUAUUCUUGUAAAAGUUGUUGAGUCUGAGGGUUCAACAUUGGCAUCCAUAGCAAUGGAAUCUCUUGGCCAUAUUGGGCUCCGUUGUGCAUUGCCUUCCAUUAGUAGGAACUCCUCUGCAGCUGCAGUUUUAACUGUUCUGCAUGAGAGAUUGACCAAGCUGCUUUCCGAAAAUGAUACCAAAGCUAUACAAAAGAUUUUGGUAUCACUGGGACAUAUAUCAUGGAAUGAGUUGUCCUUUUCACACCUGAAAAUUGCAUUAGACUUGAUUUUUGGUCUCGCUCGUUCUAAGGUUGAAGAUGUGCUUUUUGCAUCUGGCGAAGCUCUCUCUUUCAUAUGGGGUGAAGUUCCUGUGACCGCAGAUGUGAUACUAGAAACAAACUUUGCUUCCCUUUCCCAAGCCACAAACUUUCUUACUGGUGAUGCACCCCAACUUGGCUCAAAGAACUUGGGUAAAUCAAUCAGUUCUGAAGAAGCACGCACAAUGGCUCGAGAAGAAAUUAUAAACAAGUUGUUUGAUACACUAAUUUAUAGCAGCAGAAAAGAGGAACGCUGCGCGGGUACAGUCUGUUUGGUCUCACUCACAAUGUACUGCGGUCGGCAUCCAAAGAUCCUGGAACUUCUUCCACAGAUUCAGGAAGCCUUUUCUCACCUCAUUGGUGAUUCUAAUGAGCUUACACAAGAUUUGGCAUCCCAAGGCAUGAGUAUUGUGUACGAACUUGGUGACGCUUCUAUGAAAGGGCAGCUGGUUCAUGCUCUGGUGAAUACACUAACUGGCGCAGCAAAAAAGAAAAAGGCCAUUAAGCUGAUGGAGGAUUCAGAGGUAUUUCAAGAAGGAACCCUUGGCAGUAAUCCGACUGGAGGAAAGCUUAGCACAUACAAGGAGCUUUGUAGUCUUGCCAAUGAGAUGGGACAACCUGACUUGAUAUACAAGUUCAUGGAUCUGGCUAAUUAUCAGGCUGCUCUGAAUUCCAAGAGGGGUGCUGCUUUUGGAUUUUCCAAGAUAGCCAAACAAGCUGGGGAGGCACUUCAACCCCAUCUGCACACCUUAAUUCCUAGGCUUGUCCGAUACCAAUAUGACCCUGAUAAGAACAUCCAGGAUUCAAUGGGGCACAUCUGGAAGUUAAUUGUUGCAGAUCCCAAAAAAGCAAUAGAUGAACACUAUGAUAUCAUAGUAGAGGAUUUGUUAGUUCAGUCUGGAUCACGGCUUUGGCGCUCACGUGAAGCUUCUUGUCUUGCACUUGCAGACAUCAUCCAAGGUCGAAGAUAUAGUCAGGUUUCUAAGCAUUUGAGGAAGAUAUGGACAAUCACCUUCCGCGUGAUGGAUGACAUAAAAGAAACUGUGCGAAAUGCCGGCGACAGUUUGUGCCGAGCUGUAAGCUCAUUGACAAUUAGGCUCUGCGACGUGUCACUUACUAAUGCUUCAGAUGCAAAAGAAACAAUGAACAUUGUACUUCCAUACUUGCUUUCUGAAGGCAUACUCAGUAAAGUUUCAAGCGUUCAAAAAGCAUCUAUAAGUUUGGUGAUGAAGCUUGCUAAGGGGGCUGGCACUGCCUUGCGACCACAUCUGUCAGAACUUGUUAGUUGUAUGCUUGAAUGUUUGUCAAGUCUGGAGGACCAAAGGUUAAACUAUGUUGAGAUGCAUGCAGGAAGUGCUGGCAUCCAAACCGAGAAGCUUGACAGUUUGCGUGUAGCUGUUGCUAAAGAUUCUCCAAUGUGGGAAACUCUUGAUAUCUGUAUCAAAGUUGUUGACACAAAUUCACUCGAGCUAUUGAUUCCUCGGCUGGCUCAAAUGGUUAGAUCUGCUGUUGGUCUUAAUACAAGGGUCGGUGUUGCUAGCUUCAUCACCUUGCUGGUACAGAAGGUCAUGAUUAACAUCAAGCCGUACACAGCAAUGUUACUGAAGUUACUGUACACUGCUGUUCUCGAGGAGAGGAGUUCUGCGGCCAAAAGGGCCUUUGCGUCUUCUUGUGCUGCAGUAUUAAAAUAUGCCAGUCAAUCUCAGGCUCAGAAACUUAUUGAAGAUACCGCUUCUCUGCAUUUAGGUGAAAAGAAUUCUCAGUUAUCUGGUGCAGUUCUUAUCAAAUCCUACUUGAGCAAUGCAGCGGACGUUAUUAGUGGAUACAAUGCAGUGGUUAUCCCUGUAAUUUUUUCUUCAAGGUUUGAUGAUGAUAAAGAGACCAGUGCCUUAUAUGGAGAACUUUGGGAGGACAUUCCUAGUAGUGAAAGAGUAACCCUUCAGCUUUACUUACCAGAAAUUGUAUCUCUUUUGUGCGAUUGCAUGUCCUCAUCAUCAUGGGCUGGCAAAAGAAAGUCAGCCAAGGCUACAAAAAAUCUAUGUGACACCCUUGGAGAACCCUUUUCUGCGCACUACCAUACUAUUCUCAAAUCACUUCUAAAAGAGCUACCGGGUCGAUUUUGGGAGGGAAAAGAUGCUGUUCUGGAUGCACUAGCUUCACUGUGUUCGUGCUGCCAUGUUGCUAUAACCGCAGAAGAUUCCACCAUGCCCACUGUUAUUCUGAAUGCUGUUUGUGCUGCAUGCAGUAGGAAGCCAAAAUUGUAUCGUGAAGCAGCUUUCUCGUGUUUACAAAAGGUUAUCAUGGCAUUCAAAGAUCCAGGGUUCUUCAAUAGUGUUUUCCCUAUGUUGUAUGAGGUUUCUAAUCAAUCUGUCAUUUUUAAGACAAGGGCUUCAUCUUCACUAACUACAUCUGCUGCUGAUGAGCAAGAUGAGAGUGCAAUUGUCUCUGUUUCUCUCGACAAAAUGCUCAACUGUGCUGCAUCUAGCAUCUCUAUUGCUUUGCCACAGGAUAUUAUCCACCAUAAGAAGAAUAUAUUAGAAGUUCUAUUGAACUCUCUUUCACCUGAAGAGGGUUGGCAGGUUAAAUUAUCAUCCUUCUUGUGUAUCAAAGAAGUGUGCUACAAAUUUUUGAAAUCUGAUAGUAGCACAGCGUGGCCUCAAGGCACAGAUGAUUUGGUUCAGGAGAUGUAUCAUUCGGUGGCGUCAAAAGUAGUAGACUCCAUACGCUUAGUUAAGAUUGCUCAGGUACACAUCGCUGCUUCAGAGUGCCUUCUUGAGUUGAUCAAGUUGUACAGAGACUUCCCAUUGACAGAGAGAAGAGAGGCCAUGUUCGAGGGUGAACUAAUCCAACUCUGCGAGUCAGAAAAAACUGAGCAAGCGAAGGCACUUUUGAAGCAAUGCUUGACUGCUCUCAAAGAUCUCACUGGAGUAACCAUGGUGAUGGAUUAAAUCAGCUCUCUUGGAUACAUGUAAAAUGUAAUCAUGAAAUGGCACACUUGGAAUUAAUGGCGGUGAUUGCAUUGCACGUUUUUCAGCUAUGCAAUACGAAAAUUAGCAAGUCCCUGGUCCUUCUGUAGAAUCAGGAAGAACAAGAAACCGCAUCCUGUGCUACACGUGUAGUUGUUGGGUAUGGAAAGAAAAAUGACGUCAAACUUGUGCUGCUGCAA